CUUGCCGCUAGCUUGUCGCUUUCCAGUUUUAAGUGGCGCAAACAACGACCACUGCGGAUAAUUUUACAUUAAUUCAAUAGUUCUGUGUGUUUAUUGAAUAUAAUACUCCAUUCGGGAUUGUCUGGGUGUGUCCGUCGAGGUUUUAAAACAGUCGUUUUGGGGGACGGAGGAUGACGCAGGGUUUUCUCGGAGCGGCCGCAGCGGAGCUUUAAGUUGAACGCUGGCUGCUGUUGACAUAAGCAGUCUGCAGUUAGAAGACGGCGGCGGGGCAAAUCCGAGUCACAAGACUUCUCCACCGAGCUUGGGCGGCUGCUUUCUGCCCUCACAGGGUUUAUAAUGAUGGAAAACCCCGGCUACAUCUCCGGGAGCUUUGACGGCCUUCAUCAUCCGAGUGACGAUGAUGAUGACGACAUGGUGGACAUCGCUGGAGCCACACUGGACUUCUCCAGCUCGGACGACGUCCCCCCUCUCAGCUCAGGAUGCUAUGAGGAGUACAGCAGCAGCAGCUGCACCAGCAGAGCAGCCGGUAUGAACGGGAACGGCCCCAGUAAACUCGUGGACCCGCUGGAGGACCCGGUGCCCGGACUGGGAACCUACGAGGACUUCAACACUAUCGACUGGGUCCGGGAGAAGAGCAAGGACCGCGACAGACACCGAGAGAUCACCAAGAAGAGCCGGCAGUCGACCGUGGCUCUGCUGCACAGCGUCAGCGAUGCCUUCUCAGGGUGGCUGCUCAUGCUGCUGGUGGGACUCAUGUCAGGUGCUCUGGCGGGCGGCAUCGACAUCGCAGCCCACUGGCUGACGGACAUGAAGGACGGCGUCUGUCUCAUCGGCUUCUGGUUCAACCACGAGCACUGCUGCUGGACGUCCAACGAGACGACGUUUCAGGAGAGGGACCGGUGUCCACAGUGGCAGAGCUGGGGCGAGCUCAUAACGGGGACGUCGGAGGGUGCGUUUGCCUACAUAGUGAACUACCUGAUGUACAUCCUGUGGGCGUUACUCUUCUCCUUCCUGGCCGUCAUUCUGGUCAGAGCCUUCGCUCCGUACGCAUGCGGCUCAGGAAUACCAGAGAUUAAAACCAUCCUCAGCGGCUUCAUCAUCCGAGGCUACCUGGGGAAGUGGACCCUGAUCAUCAAGACCAUCACGCUGGUGUUGGCCGUCUCCUCCGGGCUCAGUCUGGGGAAGGAGGGCCCUCUGGUGCACGUGGCCUGCUGCUGCGCCAACAUACUGUGUCACCUGUUCACCAAAUACCGCAAGAACGAGGCCAAGCGGCGAGAGGUGUUAUCAGCGGCGGCGGCAGUCGGCGUGUCCGUGGCCUUCGGCGCUCCGAUCGGAGGAGUCCUGUUCAGCCUGGAGGAGGUGAGUUAUUACUUCCCCCUGAAGACCCUGUGGCGCUCCUUCUUCGCCGCCCUGGUCGCGGCCUUCACCCUGCGCUCCAUCAACCCGUUCGGAAACAGCCGCCUGGUGCUGUUCUACGUGGAGUUCCACGCCCCGUGGCACCUGGUGGAGCUCGCCCCCUUCAUCCUGCUGGGGAUCUUCGGCGGCCUCUGGGGGGCGAUGUUCAUCAGGGCUAACAUCGCCUGGUGCAAGAUCCGUAAAUCCACCCGUCUGGGCCACUACCCCGUCAUCGAGGUGCUGGUGGUGGCAGCUUUGACCGCCCUGGUCGCCUACCCCAACAGCUACACCAGGAUGAGCGGCUCCGAGCUGAUCUCAGAGCUGUUCAACGACUGCUCCCUGCUCGACUCGUCUCAGCUCUGCGGCUACAAACAGCCAGCGAACACAUCAGAAACAGGUGUCGGUAACAGUCUGGCUGACCGGCCCGCGGGAGAGGGCCUGUACACGGCUCUGUGGCAGCUGGCCCUGGCCUUAGUCUUCAAGAUGAUGAUCACUGUGAUCACCUUUGGCAUGAAGGUUCCCUCCGGUCUCUUCAUCCCCAGUAUGGCGGUGGGAGCCAUCGCUGGCAGGCUGCUGGGAGUCGGCAUGGAGCAGCUGGCCUACUACAACCACGACUCCUUCAUCUUCAAGCAGUGGUGCUCGCCGGGCGCAGACUGCAUCACUCCGGGGCUCUACGCCAUGGUCGGCGCCGCUGCGUGUUUAGGUGGAGUGACUCGCAUGACGGUGUCGCUGGUCGUCAUCAUGUUUGAGCUGACCGGCGGCCUCGAGUACAUCGUCCCGCUCAUGGCCGCCACCAUGACCAGCAAAUGGGUGGCAGAUGCUUUUGGAAGGGAGGGGAUUUACGAGGCUCACAUCAGGCUCAACGGAUACCCGUUCCUGGAGCCCAAAGAGGAGUUCGAUCACAGCAGCCUGGCGGUGGACGUGAUGAGGCCCAGGAGGUCCGACCCGGCGCUGGCUGUGCUCACGCAGGACGGCAUGACUGUAGGAGAGGUGGAGGCCUUGGUGGAAAGCACUCACUACAGCGGCUUCCCUGUGGUCGUAUCGCCAGAGUCCCAGAGGCUUGUGGGAUUUGUGCUCCGGAGAGACCUGCUCAUAUCAAUAGAUAACGCCAGAAAGCGUCAGGAGGGCGUCGUCAGCGCCUCCACGGUGGUCUUCACUGAGCACGCUCCCGCUCAGGCCGCGGACGCUCCGCCGCCGCUCCGCCUCCGAGGCAUCAUGGACCUGAGCCCCUUCACCGUCACCGACCACACGCCUAUGGACAUCACUGUGGAUAUAUUCAGGAAGCUGGGGCUGCGCCAGUGUCUGGUUACACACAACGGGAGGCUGCUGGGAAUCAUCACUAAAAAGGACAUACUGAAACACAUGGCGCAGAUCGCCAACAGAGACCCCGACUCCAUCCUCUUCAACUGAGCCUCCUCCUCCUCCUCCUCCUCUGUGGACCAGAGGAUGAUGAAGACACCAGCUCGUACACUCAAAAAAAACAAAACCCGAAUGCACCUUUUUUACCUCGUCAACUUUUUCAACGGCCGUUCGAGAAGAGCGCCGUUUGCACAGGCGACCACAGAACUAUGGAUCUACUUUGUGUUUUUUUUCCGUUUGUUUCCUUUUUCUAAGACGGAGGCGUUCGUUUGGCCUCUCCGAAACAACGACUCGGUUGCGACUCUGCAGAUUCACGUUCGAGAGGAAGAAACACGUGAGAAAACAAGUUGGCGGGGAACAUUUCACAUCUGCUCCCUUCUUGGCGAAGCAAAAGUAAAAAAAACGUCAUCAGCCAUCUCGCUUCUCCGCAACACCUGAGAGUUAAAAGUUAAAGGAGGAGGGAACAGAUAAUCCUCUGUUCGAGCUCCUGACACCAGGAGGAAUGAUGACAUCAGGGAGAUAACGAGAGGGAUUGGGGAGGUCCGUGCUGCCCUCCAGGCCGCCACAGCGAGCCCAGACAGAGCGCACUCCUGAGCUGAUGGAUGCUCCCUCCACCUCCGCCCUCUCUACUCCCUCCAUGUGAGGAUUUUUCUCCCUGUAGCCCCGGGGAAGAAGAAGAAGAAGAAGGAGAGUGUGAGAAGAGGAUCUAACACACACACUUUACACUCCAUAAAAGACUCGGUGACAGCCUGGGAACUCUACACAAAAUGUCUACUUUUUUCUUUUGUUCGUCGUGUUGAGAUUUGUGAUAACGGGGGUUGAAACCCCAGCGGUGUGAGGGAGGAACUAUGCAGUGUUGUCCCGCCCGGCCGGUCGGCGACGUGAACAGUUCUGAUCUCGUGUCGCGCGCCAGGCGUUACGACGAUUGCUGCAAUAACCAUGUCAUGCCUUACGGAAAGAGUUCUGGAUGUUUUUACUGUUGGAAGGGCUCCAAAAAAAACAAAAAUGCAAAAAAGAGAGAGAGAGAGAGAGAAUCAUGACACGAGUUUAAUUUAUGUACAUGUAAAAAUUGUUUGUCCCACUAAAUUAUUUCACUUAAAUCGA